AUUUUGGUUCCUCCCCCCAAAUGUUCCCUCGUUCCCCCCCAGCACCGGCGGGACCUGGAGGAGGAGCUGCGGGACCUCAGCAACCAGGUGGCGGCGCUGGGGCGGAGCCUGGCAGCAGAGAGGGGGCGUGGCCUGGUGGAGGGCGGGGCCCUGCGUGCGCUGGAGAUCGCAGUGGGCGGUGCCCAGGCCCGGAUGGGCGGGGCCUGCAGGGCCAGGGACCGGGCCAAUGAGAGACUGCGGCUGCAGCAGGAGGCGGGGCAGCUGCUGUGGGCGGAGCUCCAGGCCGCCCGCGCCGCCCUCGCGGGGGCGGAGCUUCGGGCGCAGGAGGCGGAGUCGCGGUGCCGGGAACGGGGGGAGGAGCUUCAGCGGCUGCGAGAGGCCGUGGAGGAGGCCCGGCAGUGCCGGCACCAGGCGGAGCAGGAGCGGGACCGAGCGGCUGCUCAGGUGGGACAAGGCCCCCGGCACAG